AACUGAUCGCAGUAUCUGGCAACCCCGUUUCCUGGUGCGCUGUUUACGCAUAGGUCUUGUAGUAGGUACCACGCGUUGCGCACGAGUUUUUCCGCGUCUCUCUUGAUUCUUUUGGAUUAAACCUCGAUUUUUCACAUUGCAAUACACCGUUUUCUUGUUUUAAUGUUUGAGCAUCUUGCAUUGGAAACUGGUUUGGAGUUUAUCGUGCGCGCAACAGGAAGAAACAUCAUUGCGUGCGGUUUGUGGAUGCAGUGCACGGCUGAAGCGUUGAAGUGAAUGCAGCGAGCAGUCUACUACAGCCUAUAUAUCCUCUCCCAAAACAACAGCGCCAUCCCUGGAAGCAGAGAGACCCUCGCUCCCGGUGGAUAAAGGGUUAAGGAUUUUGUUAGGGUCCUUUAUUGGGCGCUCGCUCGGUUGCCUCUUCCUCCAUUGAAGUCGCCAUGAACAAAUGAAUUCGCGGGGAAUAAAAUAUCUCUUCCAUAAAGGAGAACGUGUGCUGUGUUUCGAACCUGAUCCCACCAAAGCCAAAGUGUUGUAUGACGCAAAGGUUCUGGAUGUGUUGAUUGGUACAGACGAACAUGGAAGGAGAGUCCCCAAGUACUUGAUUCAUUUCAAUGGUUGGAAUAGAAGCUGGGAUCGCUGGGCUGCAGAAGAUCAUGUCCUAAGUGACACAGAAGAAAACAGGAAAUUACAACGUAAAUUGGCUCGUAAAGCUCUAGGGCGCAUGAAGAAAAAGGCAUGGGCGAAGAGGCGCCGUCGUCAAUCUGGUUCUAAAACUGUUCUGAAGACUCUGCCUAAAGAGGAGGACAGCGACGAUGCGUGUUUGAUUUCUUCUUCCUCCUCCGACAGCUCAGACGCAGACGAUUCUGACCCUGAAUCUUCAAAUAGUGGAGAUAGCGCUUUCUCUGAGGAUAUCAACAAAAUGAGGGUUGAACCAGACAUCAGUGUAAAGCGGGAGUGUGAAGAAAAGGCUGUCCAUGUUGAUAUAAGCAUCCCUGAUAUUCUCAAGAAAAAACUGGAGGAUGACUGCUUUUACAUCAACAAGAGAAAGAAGCUGGUGAUGGUGCCAUGUCAGACAAACGUUGUGCACAUUUUGGAGUCUUAUGUCAAACACUUCGCUAUAAACAAAGCCUUUAUGGCCAAUGAGAGGUACAGACGACAGCAGGCCUCCCAGAACACUGUCCCACAACCUGUCUCUCCUGAAAAGAGUGAGGACCUGUGUAAAGAAAUGGUGGAUGGUCUGAGGAUCACGUUUGACUUCACAUUACCCAUGAUCCUCUUGUAUCCAUGUGAACAAGCGCAGUUCAAAAAAGUCAGCUCCUCGCGACUCUUCAUGACCAUCAACGAAAACUCUCCUUCCUCCAGCAAUGUUCAGAGGGAGCGGAGUCCUAGCCCUCCAGUACACAACCCUCCCACUCCUCAGUCCACAGACAGUCAGCCUGCGCUCAGUGAUGUCUCCACUGCAACGCCCACCACUGCCACGACUGGUAACCCCACCCCCAAACGGCGGAGGCACCCUGACAUGGACUGCAUCAACUUCCAGAGCCAGAGCCUGAGACGCUCCACCAGGAACACAUCAGGAGGGGACCGGCCAGCGGAGGGCAGCAGUGGAGGUGGAGGCAGUGCCACAGCGUCUCCUCAGACAAAACGCAGAAUUGUUGACAGUCCAGCGCAGCCCAAGUUCUUCCUCAACCUUGACAGGAAGACUCCUGUCCACAGUGGUUCGUCCUCUCCGUUGCCCUUGACGCCGAACAAAGAGCGCGCUGGUCCCUUCUACGGACUGGAGAGCCGGAGAAACAACGAGCUCAAUGAGGUUUUGAGCUGGAAGUUGACUCCUGAUAAUUACCCAAUGAACGACCAACCUCCUCCACCAUCUUAUCUCUACGGAUCACAGCACCUCCUAAGGCUUUUUGUCAAACUUCCUGACAUCCUUGGAAAGAUGCAGAUCCCAGAGAGGAAUUUGAGGGCUCUGAUCAAACAUUUGGAGCAAUUUCUCAGGUUUUUGGCCGAGUUCCAUGAGGACUUUUUCCCUGAGUCUGCUUAUGUGUCUGCGUCGGAAGCCCACUACAGCAUGAAACAGCCCAGGCCAAUUUACUGAAACAUUUGUUUCCAUUUACAAUGCCACUCUCACUUCCUGACCCCAAUGUUUUUCUGGAUCCAAAAUGGCUGCCCAAAGUCGGAUUUCUUCUUGCAUUCCUGACUUGUUCCGCUUGUUGCUGACCUGUUGGGAAUUCUCGUUUUGUUGAAGCUAUCUACUGCUUUGCUACUACUACUAUUACUACUGCUACAACAAAAAUAACUGCAUUUUCCAGAAGAACUACCAGUGCCUCUUCAACGAUGCUUAUUCUUCACUUGGACAUCGAAAUCUAGAUGUGCUAGCUUGAUAUUUAAGGCCAACUGCUAACUUGGAAGAACAUUUUUGCCAAUACAUGCCUCAAUAGUAACAAAAAAUGUUCUAAACAAUUCUGGAAUUUUUGCUACUUGGCCUCCUUGCUACUAACAACCAUCUUUAGCAAGCAGGUUUUAGACCAUAGAAAUUUCUAUUAGGAUUUUGUGCAUUUCUUGCUUGAUAUUAAAGGCUAAAUGCUUGCUUGGAUCGGCUGUUUUGACAAUACACACUAUUCUAAACAAGAUUGCUAUCAUUUAGCUUAGUUACUUCAGCUACUUUGCUGAUUUGUUCACCUGUAGCUAGUAGCAAGAAGGCUAAUUCAGUGUUACCUCUGCUUUAAGAUUAGCCAUUUUUAGCAAGUAGUUCAGACAAUAACAUUUUGUCUAUAGUUUGCUAAGUUUCCAUGUAAUCCUGUUCUGUGCAUGUCUUCCGAAAGCUAGAUUUGACGCUGCAGCCUAGUAUGAAGUUCCUAUUACAAUUCAUUUAGUUCAAUAAGACAACACACAAUAUAACAAAUGCUAAAAAUAUUUGUUGUUUAUGAAAGAGUAAUUUGUGCUUUUUAAUGUGUACAUUUGUAAAUAUUCCAGAUACUUGAACAGAGAAUAGACAUUAUAGUGACUUUUGGGAACAUUUCACUGUUAAUGACAACUGAAGGUUUUGUUGAGUAUUUUUGUCAAUAAAAUAUUUUUUUCUAAGAUG